GACAGGGAGUAGAAACACCCCAGAGGAGGAGGAGAGCGGACCUGCCCCGUAUCCAGCCCCUUCCUCGUGCAAGCCUUCCGAUCCCUUCCCCACUCCAGUCGGGGAAACGGGAGAUUCCAGCUUAGAGCCUCCUGGGCUUUGGCACACAGACACCGGCAGGACUCUGGUCGAGUAGGUGACCCCCACUCGGGAUCUCCAGGAUUUCGUGUUUUCCAACUCUGGGCAUUGCUGCGCAAGGAGUUCCAGACGCAGCUUCAGCACCAGGCGUAGGCUCAGCCACAUCCCCGACCCCAGCCGGCAGGACGUGCCCCUCGGUGCCAGCCCGGCGUCGGCCCCAGUCCCAGCCACCCCAGUAGCCCCAGCCUUGGUCCAAGCAUGUCUAUGCAGUAUGAAAAGUUCCAGCACUCGGAGACAGAGAAGCAAAGCCAGGGGUCUAGAAACGGGCCGCCUCCUCCUCUCCACCACCUGCAGCGGCUCUGCUCUGGCCCCCGGCCCUUCCUGCUCUCCCUGGGCAUCAGCCUCCUCCUGCUGGUUGGCAUCUGUGUGAUCGGAUCCCAGAAUUCCAAGUGUCAGAGGGACCUGGUGACCCUGGGAGCCACUUUCAGCAACUUCACCUCAAGCACCUCGGCCGAGCUCCAGGCCCUGAACGCCCAGGGCGGCAGUUUGCAAGAAACGACAACGUCUCUGAAAGCCGAGGUGGAAAAUCACAAGCGGGAGCUGCAAGCAGCCCGCAGCCUGAACGACAAGGUGUUCGCCCUGGAGAGCAAGCUGGAGAAGGACCAGCGGCAGCUGCAAGCAGAUCAUUCCGAUACCCUCGCUCGAGUCCAGCAGCUGGCCAAGGACCUGAGAACCCUGACCUGCCAGGUGGCCGCUCUCAAGAGCAACGGCUCUCAAAGUACCUGCUGCCCGGUCAACUGGCUGGAGUUCGAGGGCAGCUGCUACUGGUUCUCACGCUCCGGGAAGACCUGGCCGGAGGCUGAGAAGCACUGCCGGCUGGAGAACGCGCACCUGGUGGUCGUCAACUCCAGGGAGGAGCAGAACUUUGUGCAGGAACAUAUAGGCUCCUUACACGUCUGGAUGGGCCUCAGUGAUGCCGAAGGAGCCUGGAAAUGGGUGGAUGGGACGGACUAUGAGACCAACUUCAAGAACUGGAGGCCGGGCCAGCCGGACGACUGGCAUGGGCACGGGCUGGGCGGGGGCGAGGACUGUGCCCACUUCCACCCCGACGGCUGGAACGAUGAUGUCUGCCAGAGACCCUACCGCUGGGUGUGCGAGGCCCGCCUGGGCGUGGCCGGCUAGCGUGGUGGCCGAGCGCUGCCCGCGGGCCACCCGGCCACCAAGCUGCAGGGAGUGGGAGGGGGCCUUCCCCUGAGACCCCCGAUAGGACCCCGUGGGACAGGACUGAGCCCUGGGAGUUUGGGUCACUGCCACCAUUUUGAAUGUUACCCUCCUUGGUGUUCAAGAGACCAUCUAGACUUCCUUCA